AUGUAUCCAGCAGGGGCGCACGAAGUGCCCAGAUGGGCAAACAAGAGAACCAAUACAGACAACUCAUGUCACAAUGCACUACUCGAUGGCGAAUCUCGUCCAAUAAUCGCCCCAAGGAACCGAAAGCUACCACAAUCCACCGAUACAGGAGCCACUGCAUAUGAUUCUCGGCUCAAACAAGAGACGCGGCCUAUGUAUACAGCGAAGCCUCGCAGUAAAAGAAAAACGAUGGUGGUAUUCCUGUCUAGAGCGAUAAAGAAUCUGCGAGGGGCUUUCUUGAACUAUCUAUCACCCGCGCGCGAAGGGACAACAUUCCUUGAGAACGAACAACAGCGUAGGGAAAUUGCGGAUAUAUUGUACGACGAACCGGGUCCGUGGCAUGAGUACGGGAAGUUGGACUCUGAUAUCGAAGACGACAAGCAUAACUCACAUUUUUCCAAAAAGAAGAGUCUGAGGAAGUGGUUCAAGACUCGUAGUGAGCGCAUCAACACCGAGCACGAGAUGCCCUGUGCUGUAGAGAGAUGA